AUGGCUGAGGAUCAAACAAUCCCUCCUACCACUGAAGAGAAAAACCUCGAUUUCUCUUCAUCCUCUAUCCCUUUCUCUACUCCCUCUGACUCUAAUCCUCCUGUAAGUGUUGAGAACUCAGACAACCCUAAGAACGAAAGCAUCUCUCCCUUGUUUCCCGAGACAUACCAAGAAUGGAGUAAAGAUGACAUUCCAGUUCCAGAGGAAAAUAGUAAGUCUCCAUCGGCAGAAAAAGCUUCAUCGCUUAGUCCUGAAAGUGAUAAGGGUUCUAAGGAAAACUCUGAUCAGUCUACAGGUACUCCUAUUUCUUCUGUUGUUGCUCCUAUGGAACCUCAAGAGAGGGAUGCCAUAGAAAAUAUGUUGGCUAUUGCUGCUGAGGGAAUUAUUGGGAAGGAAAAUUCUACCAUGUCUGAGUCUCAGGGGGAAGAGACUCAGUCCUUGGUGGGAGAAGGCGCAAUGGUGCUCUUUGAAUGGUCUUCGCCAGAAGACACUACUGGGACCCCUCUUGAUGGACCUGACCCCUCUCCUGAGGAAAGAGGUCAGAAAUCAUCUUCCCAGGUCAGUUUCUACCCUUAUUCUUCUCCUCACUUUGAUGCUGAGCCCUUGGAAGUAGUGGCUCCUGUUAUGAGGUCCAGUGAUGAAGAAAAUGAGGAUGAUGUUGCUCUGAGUGCGUUAAUUGCCGCAAGGAGGCUAGUAGCAACUCUUGAGCCCCCUCCUAAGCGACCUACCAAAAGGUUGCAGAAGAAGGAGGCUCUUGAGUCUGCGCUAAAGAAGAGUAAGAGAAGUAACAUGAAGAAGAAGAAAAGGCUGGUGAAGGAUGGUGAAAUUGUUUGUGACAAGAAUAUCCCAGUUGUGGAAGUUGAUGAGGAAGCCCCAGAGGAACCAAGUUCCUUGAUCAAGAGGUCUCAGAAAAAGAAGCACUCUACUGAGAGUACUUCAAAAGAAGUUGUUGGAAUUCCCAGUGAAAAGUCAGUAAAGGAUAGUGGCAAGUUGAAGGAAGUUGUGGUAGAAGAGUCUGUGUCUGAUGAGGAUAUGCAACUGAAAUCUAUUGGGAAAGUUAUGUCCAGUGGAAAGUCUACGAAAAGUAAAUUAGAGAAUGUGAAAUAA